GAUUGUAGUCAGAAAGAAAAAAAUUCAAGCAUUCACCAUAACCUUUCCUUUCCUUCUCCUCUUUUUCCAUCCACUCAUUUUCUCCCUCACAUUUUCCCGGGAAAAUAACCGUCUCUCUCUCUCACACACACACCAUCAUCAUCAUCAUCAUCAUCAUCAUCAUCAUCAUCUUCACUGUACUCUGCAGCUUGAGCAUGAGCACAACCAUGCUCUCAUGCCAACGCUCUUCCACAAUGUUCGCUCGUCAAACCACUUCUCCAUUUCUUCACAGAUUCCGUCACUUCAAACUCAAACCUCACCGCCCUCGAUUUCGCUGCUUGCUCGACCAAAUCGUUGCUCCCUCCUCGUCGUUGACCUCCGCGAAUGUCAUCGCUGCCGCUGCUAAGGCCGCCUCCGUCCACGGCGCUGUCUCCUCCGCCAUCACUCAGGUUGCCGUCACCGCCUUCGCUAUUGCUUCCGGUGCUUGUCUCUCCACCAAGGUUGAUUUCUUAUGGCCUAAAUUGGAGGAACAAACAGGUGCCAUUAUGCAGGAUGGAGUAGAUAUUACUGGCUACACUAUAUUUGAUGAUGAAAAGGUCCAGAAGGCUAUAGCGUUUGCAAGGAAAGCGCACCGAGGCCAAAUGCGGAAGACAGGAGAGCCUUAUUUAACACACUGUAUCCAUACAGGAAGAAUCUUGGCAGCGUUGGUUCCAUCAAGUGGUAAACGAGCUGUUGACACGGUCGUGGCUGGUAUUUUACAUGACGUGGUUGAUGACGCUUGUCAAAGUCUACAGGACAUUGAGGCAGAGUUUGGGGAUGAUGUAGUCAAGUUGGUAGCUGGUGUUUCAAGGUUAAGCUAUAUAAAUCAGCUAUUACGCAGGCAUCGAAGGGUAAGCGUGAACCAGGGUGUCCUUGGCCAAGAAGAGGCAAGUAAUUUACGAGUGAUGCUUUUGGGAAUGGUUGAUGAUCCACGUGUUGUGCUCAUCAAGCUUGCAGAUCGUCUUCACAACAUGAGAACAAUUUAUGCUCUGCCAUUGCAAAAGGCUCAAGCUGUUGCAGAGGAGACCUUAAUUAUUUGGUGUUCACUUGCAUCAAGAUUGGGUCUAUGGGCUUUGAAAUCUGAACUCGAAGAUCUGUGCUUUGCUGUUCUACAGCCUCAAAUAUUUCAAAAGAUGCGAGCUGAUCUAGCUUCCAUGUGGAGCCCUUCAAGCAGAAUAGGAAAUCCGAGAAGAUUAUCUGUGAAAGGAAACUUGAUACCUUCGGAGGAGAACAAUUCAACUUCUUUCGACAAUAAAUCCGUGACAUUCAAGGAGGAUGUCUCUAGUAUGAAGGAUCUUUUGGACGCUGUAGUCCCAUUUGAUAUUUUGUUGGAUCGGAGAAAACGGGCUAAAUUUCUCAGUACUUUUGGGAAUAAUAUGGAGACAUGCAUGAAACCAAAGGUUGUUUUAGAUGCUGGGUUAGCUUUGGCAUCAUUGGUCAUUUGUGAGGAAGCACUUGAGCGAGAAUUGAUUAUCUCAGCUUCUUAUGUUCCGGGAAUGGAAGUUACAUUAUCAAGCCGAUUAAAAAGCCUGUAUAGUUUAUACAGUAAGAUGAAACGAAAGGAUAUAAGCAUUGAUAAAGUAUAUGAUACUCGUGCAUUAAGAGUAGUUGUUGGAGAUAAGAAAGGAACCUUGCAUGGGCCUGCAGUUAAAUGUUGCUAUAGUCUUCUUGAUAUUGUACACAGGCUUUGGACUCCAAUAGAUGGUGAAUUUGAUGACUACAUCAUUAAUCCUAAGCCUAGUGGCUAUCAGUCCUUGCACACUGCUGUCCAAGGUCCUGACAACUCACCUUUAGAAGUACAAAUAAGAACACAGAGGAUGCAUGAGUACGCUGAACAUGGACUUGCUGCACAUUGGCUUUAUAAGGAAACUGGAAAUCCUUUUUCAUCCAUAGACAGAAUGGAUGAACCUGAAACAGAAGCAUCCUCCUAUUUCUCCAAAGAUAUAGAAGAGGAAAAUUCUCCAGAUAGUUUAUUAGGUAGAUAUAAGUCAUUAAAGGCUGGGCAUCCGGUCCUCAGAGUAGAAGGAAGUCACUUACUUGCUGCUGUUAUCAUCAGUGUAGAAAAUGAUGAAAGAAAUUUGUUAGUUGCUGUCAGCUUUGGGCUACCAGCCUCUGAAGCAGUAGGUGACAGAAGAUCUUCUUUCCAGAUUAAGCAAUGGGAAGCUUAUGCACAACUAUUCAAAAAGGUGUCUGAUGAAUGGUGGUUUGAACCAGGACAUGGGGAUUGGUUUACUUGUCUAGAGAAGUACACACUAUGUCGAGAUGGUAUGUAUCACAAGCAAGACCAAUUUGGGCGCCUACUGCCAACAUUCAUCCAGGUUAUCAAUUUUACUGAGGAAGAAGAAUCUGAAUACUGGGAUGUUGUUUCUGCGGUGUUUGAGGGCAGGCCAGUGGAUUGCAUUACAUCACGGCCAAAAUUUGACUUUGUUGCAUCAACUUCUGUGGAUGCUAGCAUCAAUAACAAGGUGCAACUCUUGAGAACAAUGCUUUCCUGGGAAGAGCAAUUGCGCUCGGAAGUGAGUAUCAAGCAAAUAAAGCAGGAUGCAGAGCUUUAUGAUCUUCAUGGUUCUCUUAACCUUGGAGAAGUGGUAAUUAUAUGUUGGCCUAAUGGUGAAAUUAUGAGGUUAAAAGCUGGCAGCACUGCUACUGAUGCGGCUCUAAGAGUUGGUUUGGAUGGAAAGCUGGUUUUGAUUAAUGGACAGCUAGUACUGCCCAAUACGAAACUCAAAGACGGUGAUGUUGUUGAAGUAAGAAUCUAAAUCAUUCGUUUGUUAAAAAGAUGUAAAUAUUUCUGGGUUGUGUCAUGCACCCUGUUAGAUUGAACAGAAAAUGAAAAUAGGCAGAUUUCAUUUGUCAUAUAUUAAUUUGGAAGUGGGGAUUCUUGAUAGAACAACGUUCCUUUGACUCCAACAUGUUGGAUAACAAAUGCAAAAUCAUGUAAAUACUUUUUUCGCUGUUACUUA